AUGCCCACACCCGGCAUUGCGGAAGCCGGCUUCGCUGUCGGCGCGGCCAACGCCUUGGCGGGCGUCCCAAACAACGCGAAGACGUGGAACGCGGUAUACCACGACGUCGUCGACUUCCUCAAGAGGGUGGACCAGGCCCGCUCCGACUUGGAAGCUUGUGCUGCCAACUUCAGGGAGUGGAAGGACAUUUGGAAGUACAAGUCUGCCGAGUGGGACUCGUGUGCCUCGCUGUUUCUGAGGUCUCCAUACCACGGAGCAACAGCUGAUGAGCAGAGGCCAGCGGACAACCAGACGCCGGCAGGUGACCAGCAUCCACCACUGAAUCAUCAGACACCAACAGACGAUCACAGGCUGCCCCAAGGUCCAUGGUCGGCCGGCAGCCAUCAACCCCCAAGCCAUCAACCCCACGAGAUCAGACGGAAACCGGUGGCCGGCACCGCCGGCACCCCGCCGCCAGCCGCCCAAGGUGUUCUGCCCAUGCGGAACCAGGGACCGACUGCCACGCAGGAGCUGGUCACCAUCAACGCCGAAAACGCGGCCGGCGCUGAUUCCAACGAUGAUAGCCUCUACAAAUCUCUCUGGGGGGACCAGUACAACCAGAUUCAGGACUGUGUCCACAGAGUCGUGCAGGGCAUCAGAGGCAUCGACGAGCACAUCGACAGGAUUAUGAACGAGAAGAAAAACUCCCCAAAAUGGAGAAAGUAUCUCAAUGUUCACCGAGCCCGCUUUGUACGCAAUCUCGCCUAUGCCCUCUUCAGCAACUCGGCCCUCCGAGAGGAGAUCGUGCAAUUGAAGGGGAACAUCGCCGGCCUCAAGGAGGUAUCGGAAAUGAGACUGAGGAAGAUGCAAGGCAAUGCGGCAGAUCUCAAGCUGACUGGAGCCAAGGCUUUUCAAUUGGCAAAUCUCGAGUACUUUGGGCGGAAAAUCGUCCAGGAACUGCGCGGCUCCUUCCCAACAGCUUCAGCCUGGUCGCUUGAACUCUGCCACCCGGACAUUGCCGGCAGCGCGGCCGAAUGGCAAGAUCUUACCUCGAUACAGCUGUGGCUUUCCUAUGCCACACCGGUGGGACAACAUGAUAAAGCCCAACAGCGCAUCAUUUUGGAUUAUUCCCUGGUCGAUGACCCAAACCCGCCACAGUGGGCCUCUGCGCUUCCUGGUGCCAACCCUGCUGACAAUUCUCACCGAGGCCUUGCCCACAACCCACGCUUGACCGAGAACUGCCAAGGGACGGGCAAGUUGACCGUGCCCUUCAACAAACUCUUCAAAAUAUGGCACGAUGGCAAAUCCUCCCCGGCAGAGCUCUGGGCCCGGGACCAGGCCUACCUCGUCCUAUCGCUGGUCAACUGGUCCCUGCUGCUCUGCACAAGCGACUGGACGGCCAAGUGGUGCUCUUCUGGGCUCCAUUUUGUUCGGGCCGCGACUGAUGUUGGGAGGGCCGGCAACAACUCCUUUUUCUUCCCUUCGUUCAGUGGAUGCGCCUCGAAGGCGCCGGGCACAACCGUCAACCAGAGACAACACCACCGCCAUGACUGCUGCCAUAGCAGCCUGAAGCUCUGUAAUCUGGGCUUAGUUCUUGCCGAGGCUAUCUGCAUCAUCCCUCUUCGCGUCUGCACAACCAGAAAAGACCCGUACGAGAAGUGCAUCGGGCGAGAUUGGAUACCAUUGUCUGAGGACGCCCUGUUAGACUUGGUGGAGAAGACGUCGAGGUCGAAAGGCGUGAGGCACGCCGUGCAGAAAUGUCUUCGCUCUCCAACCACUCUCCAAAUCGCGGAGAACAAGCUAGCUGGCUCCUUCGAGGAAUACGUCAAGAUGGUCUUCGAUCCGUGA